AUGCCACAUUCUGAACCCACAGACACAAUGUCAUCUCCCCAGGCCAUUAAGGAUGAGCCGAUGGAGGACAAUGCCGCUAUUCCUGGCGACGUCGCCCAGGUAGCAAAUGGCAAUGACGUCGACAUGGCGGAGAAGGACACGGAUCUUACCCAGGACAAAACCAAGCUGGAGGAAUUGUUCGCAGAUAUGGAUUCUGAUGACGAGUUCUCAAGCUCAGCCAAGCCACCUGCCAGUUCCCCGCCGGUUGCACCAAUAUCCGCAGGCGAUCUGUCACAAGCGAAAGCAUCCGACCCCGAAAUCAUGCGCAGUUUCUACCAGCGUCUGUUUCCCUGGCGGUACCUCUUCCAGUGGCUCAACCACGGCCCGACCCCGACCAACGACUGGACUCACCGAGAAUUCGCAUUUACUCUGCAGAACGAUGCAUACUCGCGUUUUCAGUCUUAUGCCAACGCAGAUUUACUAAAAAAGGAUGUCAUCCGCCUUGUCCCGACUCGAUUCGAAAUCGGCGCCGUAUACACCACCAGCCCCCGCGACAAGAAGACGUUGCGGAACACAAGCAAGUUCCAGCCGGUUGGAAAGGAACUCUGUUUCGAUAUCGACUUGACGGAUUAUGACGAGAUCCGUACCUGCUGCGCCAAGACGAAGAUCUGCAACAAGUGCUGGCAGUUUAUCACAAUGUCUAUCAAGGUCAUAGAUCUUGCUUUGCGAGAGGACUUUGGCUUCAAGCACAUCAUGUGGGUUUAUUCAGGACGUCGUGGUGCCCACGCUUGGGUGUGCGACAAGAGAGCACGCAAUCUGGACAACCAGAAGCGAAAGGCAAUCGUUGGGUACCUGGAGCUCUUGAGUGGUGGCGCACAGGCAGUGAAGAAGGUCAAUGUGAGAAGGCCGCUUCACCCACACAUCUCCCGAAGUCUUGAAAUUCUCAGGGGUCACUUCCAGGAAGACAUCUUGGAUGCUCAGGACCCCUGGAGCACGGAUGAGCAGGCCAAGAAGCUCCUUCAGCUUCUCCCGGAUCAAACUCUCAACGAGUCUCUCAAGAGGAAGUGGGAUGCUGCUCCAGGGCGGACUUCAACGUCCAAGUGGGCCGAUAUUGAUGCUGUUGCCAAGACAGGUGCAAGCAAAAACCUGGAUUCUAAAGCCCUCCUUGAGGCUAAGCAAGACAUUGUGCUGGAGUAUACAUACCCUCGGCUCGAUGUCCUCGUCAGUAAGAGGAUGGAUCAUUUGCUGAAAACUCCAUUUGCCGUUCACCCUGGGACAGGCAGGGUGUGUGUCCCGAUCGACGUUAAAAAUCUCGAGGAGUUUGACCCCUUUGAGGUUCCAACAGUACAACUUUUGCUAGGUGAGAUUGAUUCGUGGACAGGGGGCGACGAUGAGCAAUCAAAGGGAAUUGCCGAUUGGGAGAAAACGAGCUUGAAGCCGUACAUUGAGCAGUUCAGAUUGUUCAUCAAUGGCAUCAUAAAAGACGAGAAGGAUGUCUCGGUAAAACGGGAGAGGGAAGAUGACUCGAUGGAGUUUUAA